UGAAACGCAAAAUUUUAUGUCAAAACUGUCAAAGUCAAAAGACAUUUUGCCACAGGUUUAUUGGGCUCUCAGGCUCGAGUUUUGUUUUCUUUAGACAAAAUUAUGAUCAGCUAAACCAUGAACCGCGUAUAAAUAAGCAAUGGAGAAAACUAGAGUGUUGUCGGGAGCGGCUUUAGUAGCAAAAGGUAUUACAAAAAUAGAGGCAUCCCUUCCUGAGAUAGGGCUAAAAGAUGUUGCACCCAACGGCUCUUGGCUUGAACAAAAACAAAUACAGGCCGCCGUGGAGGCUCGGAAGUAUUUAAUUGAAGUUGAGAGGAUUGAGAAAUGUGGAGUUCUCAGUCAUGCUAUUUGGCGAGAUGAUUUGAAGCUUGCAGAAGUCACACAAAAGAGUGGUGGACAUUGGCAGUACUUGGGUCAUAAUGUUGGCAAGACCUUAUUUCUUAACCCUGAGGAAACAUUGUUUUUAAUGGAAACUAACUGUCUACAACUAAAGCACAAUGAAGUCACGGUAUCAUUACAAAAAGCUUAUUCUUUAUUACUUGAUUCAUCAAAUAGGAUACAAUAUCAAGUGUAUGCAUCACUCAGUAGGGUAGGAUACAAAGUAUUUAAACAUGUAGGACCUAAAUGGAAUGAUGAGAUAAAAUCCACUUUCCAACAAAUUCAAAAAGUAAGGGAUCAUGGUAAUGUAACAGCCACUAGUCAACUUGAAGAUUCACAAUCUACCAAUGAUAGUGCUUCUGAAGAUACUAGCCAUUCUGAAAAUAAAGAAAUUAAAACAGCUGAUGAUGGCACCAAAAAUGUUGAUCCUAUAAUAAUAAAUAAAGAAAUAGAACCUGGAAAUGUAGAGAACUUAGAAAGUGAUGAAAAGAGUUCAAUUGUAGUUACAGAAAAUGAGUCCCUUAACCCUAAAGAUACUUGUAUUGAAGCAACAGAAACUAAAUUAAUAGAGGAAGUUAAUGGUGGCAAAGUAACUGAUAAGGUUGUUGAAAUAAGUGAUACCGUAGUUAGUGAAGAAAUUACUGAGAAAUGUGAAGCUAUAAGUGAAACAUUAGUAGAAAAGGAAUCUCCUAAUAAAAUGGAUGUAGACGAUAAAGACAUAAAGACUGCUAAUGUAAGGAAUGAACAUAUAGAAGAGGUGUCAUCUUCAAGUGAUAAGAAAGCCGAUAUGGAUGUCUCUACUGAACAUGAUACUGAUGCAGAUCCUGGUGUUAUUGUAAUGGAAGUUAGUGAUGAAAAAAUUGAAAUCAGUGAUGAUAAUAUUGAAGACACUUCAGCAGUCGAGGAAACUAAGAGUGCAGGAACUUCCAAUGUAUUAGUAGAUCUUGGUAUUUCAGAAUCAAGUAAAAAUAAAAAUUAUGUUGAAGAAAAUCUAUCAAUGAACACAGACCUACAGGAUAUAAAUCACUUACAACAAAACCAUUCAAUGUACAGUUUUGUGAGCAAAAUAGAGAAAAUGAGUAACAGGCAAAUGAAACCCAGCAACUCAGAAAAUAUCCAAACGUAUUUCGAGAAUAUUCCUGACCUAUCAAAGCAGCGUGUGUUCGCCAUAAACGUGCCUGAUCAAAAGUUCAUACCGAAAAAUGUCUUUGUUAAUAAACAAAAUUAUGUAUUGGAUAUGCAGAAUAUAAAAGCAAGGUCACGACGCUCCGCUUCAUCCGACGCUUCUUACUCGAGUUCCGACGAAGUCAAUGGAAGAAAUAUCAGACGCAUAAGAAGUGCUUCUGGAACCGAGCUAUCUCAAAAUCAACCGUUUUUCCCGAACAUGCGUUUCCCCAGGUAUCAAUUCAGACCUUACGGGUUUUGGCGCCCACAAAACAACAUUAAUUUUUACCAACUUAUGUUUUUCCAAACACGUUUUCAAUAUAAUCAGAGACCACCUCCUUUUGUAAGAUCCCCUUUAGAAUUUAUUCCUAACGUAAGUAACGCUAGAAAACGCAUAAGACUUGCUAACAUGGCGCAUUUCCAAGCUAUAAGAAAUGCAGCUGUGCGGCUAAAGCAAAGUCUUAUCUCUGGUAUCACUGACAUGCGCAAACUUGAAGAGCUACACAACAUAUUACACUCUUACAACAUGAGAUACAAAGCUAGAUUACGAUUAAGUGAAAAUUUCGACGUAAUCAAUGAUGAGAAAAUUGUUGAGACAAUAGAGUUGGAUGACGAUGAAGAAUCAAAAAGUAAAAAGCCAAGGCUAGAUGAUGGUGAUGAUAAAUUUAAUGAGAAUCUGUAUAGACUGAGACAGUUGGCUCUGAGACUGAGAGAACUGGAAGCCAAGAACAAAGCGACAGCUUCUCAUAGGCGAGCAUUCUCCAAAGCAAUCAAAACAUUCAAUCAGUCUUACAAAGCAGAUAUUUAUUUAGAUAGUAAUAAUUAUGAAAUUAUUGAUAGGAAAUGUAUAACACUUGAUUCUAGUUCAGAAUCCGACUGUGUGGUUAAAGAAGCACCUGCGCCAAAAAAAAGGAAAAAAUUAAGAAAUCCGUUCAAUAUUUUAAAACGACGCUCUGAGAAGUUGUUGGCCCUUAAUGGACCAAGUACAAGUCGGACCGAACAUAUGUUCGAAAUUAGUUUACCGGACUCAGCUCUAGUAAAGGAAAGAGAAGAAAAUAAGACAUAUAGUGAACAUAUACUUAAAACAUUUAAUGGAAAAUGGCUGCCAGAAGAAGAUGAUUUCGGAAGGGCUGAAAUUGUAUCUAAAUUCGAUAUGAACACGCGCCUUUUAGUUAACAGCAAAGAACAAUAUUUACACGAAUUUAUGAAAGAGCAAUUUGAUCAAUACUCUAACUGGUUAGAGGCUAAAAUAUCCUUUCUUAAGUAUUUAGAAGACACUAAUAUUGCAAUCAGUAAUGAACGGGAACGACUGUUAGCUGACGCAGAAGUAAAUACGGGUUUAAAACCUUUAAUAGAUUUUGAGGACAUUUCAGACAUGUCGAAAGCACUAGAAAAACUAAGAAUUAUAGGAAAUAAUCAAGACACAAACAGUGAAACUAGUCUGGAAGUAGAUUUUGAUGUAUAUAAUAGAGAUGUACAGAAUUAUAGGAAAAGAAAACCACCAAAGCCCCAUUUCAGAAUUGUUUGUUUAGACGAAUCAGUAGGAGUUCCACCAGCGCCGCAUGUGAUGGCCCUGCAUUCAAAAUACAAGGACGAGGUACCUAUCGUGUUUGCAGUAGUUGGUCUAGGAUCUGUCUCCUACAUACAACUCAACCCUAUAGACUUGCCUAUAUAUGUUCCAAGCAAUGAUUUAGUAUAAGCAUAGCAGUAUGCUGUAUAUUAUGUACAAAUGUAAACUAAAUAUUGAUACAAAUUGUAACAAAAUUUGAUUGCUUUUUUAUCGUUUUGCUUCCAUAUAGAUGAGUAGCAGUUUCUUGUAAAGACUUAUUAUACAUUGUUGUGUAUGACAUGACAAGAAGUUUGACUUCUUACAUUUUAUUCUUUUUUAAAAAUCAUGUCUAAGCACAAAUUGUAUUAUUUUCAUGAAGUGUCUAGUAGUUCCAAUAGGCCCCAUUUCAAUAAAACCACAUAACAAUCUCGACUAUGUUAUAGAGGUCCAUUGCAUUAUUUUUUAAGAAAAUCUUCGUGCAUACACUGACACCAAAAUUUUUCAACAUUUUUUGACUAAUUUUAACGUAAAUAUAGUAUUUGAUUUUAUUGAGUUUAUUGGGGGCAGAACCGUGUGGUUUUGCUAUUGUAAUCUACCGCAUCUGAUCCCGAUAGUGGGGGCCAUAUUCCACUAAAAGAGUCUUCUUGGCCACAGCGCUUUUUUUUAAUCUAAAAACUUUUUAGGGGCUUUUAUCACUGAUAUGUCAGCCCCAUCGUACUCUUUUCACAUUACUUGACCUUUUCUUUACUCUAGAAAAUUACUUGAUUAAUUGUUAUUCGUGGAAGUCAAAAUCAAAUAGCAUCACCUUUUCAUAAUCGCCGAAGAUGGUACAGAUAAAAUGAAUUGUAUAAUACCUAUUGGUAUAAUCUUCGAUUUGACCACAAAGUGAGCCACAGCACUUGUAUGGUAGACUUGAUAGGUCGAAGUGGAACUACCGGAACUUUCAUUAAUUUGAAAUACUGUAAACAGGAUGUACCUUAUUUAUUUAAAGUAAAACAUUAUUUGAAUGCUA